AUGCCUCCAAAGGCAUCGAAAAAGGCUGAACCUAAGGGAGGCAAGGCUCCCGCAGGAAAAAAGAAGGAGGGAUCUGGAAAGGCCAAAAAGAAGAAGUGGUCUAAGGGAAAAGUGAGAGAUAAGCUCAACAACAUGGUUUUGUUCGAUCAAGCCACAUACGACAAGUUGUACAAGGAGGUCAUCACCUACAAGUUGAUCACACCGUCAGUGGUAUCCGAGCGUCUGAAGGUACGGGCAUCUUUGGCAAAAGCUGGACUACGUGAGCUGCAAGCUAAGGGUCUUGUGAAGUGCAUUGUCCAUCACGGAGGUCAAAUUGUUUACACACGAGCCACCAAGGAGGCCGAUGUCAUUGUUGAGUAA